CUCCCUGCAUUCAUUGGGAGAGUUAGCUAACAGCACCAAACAAGCCUGUCCGACCCCUUCUAAUUAUACCAAAGUGAUCCGACCUGAUUGUUGUCUGGCGCUGAACCUAUUGGGAAAUAACACUGUCUGAAACUAAUGAGAAGGACGACUGUAUUUUAAUAAGGUGUGUGCUUCUGCGUGCCCCAGCAGAGAUGAGUUACGCCAUGCAGCUGUUGAUUCACCGUGGGGAUUUCUGUCAUGGCCGCACGCUGCUCCCCCUGGGCCUCCGGUCCCUUCUCCGCACGCUGAGUUCUGGUCCCCGUGUGAGCCGCAGCCUUCGGGAGAGCUACCAGCUGUUACAGCUUGAGCUUCCAGAUGUGGGCGAGAGUAGCCCUGCGCAGGUGAAAGAAGCCUACCUACGCAUGGCCAAGCUGUACCAUCCAGACUCGGGCGCUUCUACGGCAGACGAGGCAAUAUUUGCGCGGGUAGAGGAGGCAUACCGCGCCGUGCUGGCGCACCAGUCCCGGCUUCAGAGCUGUGGGGGUUCGAUGGAAGAAGAGGAGGAGAAGGUGAAAGGUGUGGCUCCUCAGCACCGCCACUACCUGAGCUACGAGGGCGUGGGCUCUGGGACGCCUAGCCAGCGCGAGCGCCAAUACCGUCAAUUCCGAGUGGAUCGGGCGGUGGAGCAGGUCCUCGACUACCGCCAGAAGGAGCAUGAGACGGCGGCUGCAGCCGAGGGGGCGCUGGUGGAGAGGGACGUCCGCCAGCGCAGCCGGCAGAUCAAGGUCACACAGGCAGUGGAGAGGCUGGUGGAAGACCUCAUUCAGGAAUCCAUGUCCCGGGGAGACUUCCGCAACCUGAGUGGCGCCGGGAAGCCCAUCAACAAGUUUGAGCACAACCCUUAUGCUGAUCCCAUGACCCACAACCUCAACCGCAUCCUCAUCGACAAUGGCUACCAGCCACCCUGGAUUGUCACGCAACGCGACAUCCGAGAGGACAUCGCGCAGAUCCGAGAGAGACUGCUGCAGGGCCAGGCGCGGCUUGCCGACCCCAUGAACCCCAGGGAGCAUGCUCAGUGGCAGCAGUUGUGUGGGGUUGUGGCGGAUGACCUUAUGAAGCUCAAUAAAACGGUGGAUAACUUCAACCUGAUUGCGCCCAUGCUUACCAUGCAAAUGGUCCACUUCAGUUUGGAGCGUGAGAUCGACCGCGCAGAGAAAGCAGCCUUUCAAGGCAGACAGGAGAGCAAGAGGGAAAGAGUGAGGGAGUGGGAGGAGCAGAGAAGAGAAAGAGAAAGGGAGCGGGAGAAGAGAGAUAAGAUUAAAACACAUCAACACUCUUGGCAAGGCGGCCUGCUGGCAUGGAUGCAGAAUUUACUAAAAUGAGCAAGGGACCUUGAAGGUAAAAUGAGAUAAAAAAAGGAUAUUUCAAAUCAAACUUUUAUUUAUAAUCCAUUUACACAGGUGUCAACACACUUUGAAGAGGAUAAGACAGAGGUGUUGAAUCAUUUGUCUUUUAUGUCAUUUUCAGUGUUUUUGCUACAUUGGGUUGAUUACAGUAGCAUGUUAUAACACACAGAAUAAUACAACAAGCCACUACUACAACACGGUUACUUGACCUUACUGUAACUCAACUGUGCUUUACAAUAAUGCUACACAGUGUCAGUGUCUGGACCUCAGGACACAAUGGUAAUGGUAUCGGACUACAAUAAUCCAUUUAAUGAAAUACUUUUAAUCUACGUUUAUAAGCUAAGCAAUUCUAAAUACAUUGAUUUGUUUCUUUGCUGAAUGAAGGAAUGAAAGUAUAGAAUACUCAAUGUUUGUUAUGAAUGAGCAGUUGACUGAAACUGCUCUGAACUCAAAUACGGGGAAACAGAAACCACUGAAGAUUUUUCCGCACACUUCCAGUCAGAUGAAAAUCUCUUUAAUUGGGAGGUAAGCUUUCGGUCAGUCGACUGACCGAAUGCUAAGCUGCUAUGAGUGGAAGUGUGUGGUGACUUUUUCCAGUUUUGCAUUUUGCCUCCCGGAACUUCACUAAUCGAUAAUGGGUGUGCGGUAGAUUCUGCCUAUGAUUGCAUUACAAUAAAAGAGGUACUGUAACUCAA